CCCCGCCCCCCUCCUUACACGGCUCUGAGACCGCUGAGUCACAUACAUUAGCCAGAGCCAGAUAAAUUGAUACUGUGCGAAACGAGGGGCUACUCUGGAGAAAUUGCCGUUGUGUGUACACUGACUUUGAACCAGCUGCCUCUGACACCGCGUCGCAAGAUGCUGAUAAUAACACUGAAGACCCUCCAACAGCAGACGUUCAAAAUAGAAAUAGACUCAGAACUGACGGUGAAAGCCCUGAAAGAGAAAAUAGAGAAGGACCGAGGAAAAGAUGCGUUUCCCGCUGAAGGACAAAAACUCAUCUAUGCCGGCAAAAUCCUUAAUGAUGACACCCUGCUGGAAGAAUACAAAAUCGAUGAGAAGAACUUUGUAGUGGUCAUGGUAACGAAGCCUAAACCAGCCCCCCCACCAAAGACAGCCCCUCAACCAACUCCCCAGCCAGCUGCAGCUCCAGCACCAUCCUCCGCCUCAACAUCGGUGCCCCCCACACCCACACACUCGGUGUCUGCAGCCACGCCUGUCCCACAGUCUGCGCCCCCCUCUGAAUCAAAGCCCCCAGUCCCAGAAACCCCUCCCCUGGCUCCUGUUGAAGCUCCAGACUCCAGUACAGCCCCAGCCCCUACACCAGACUCUACUCCAGCCCCUCCUCCAGCUCCAGAGGCCUCGGCCCCUGCAGAUCAACCCCCCCCUUCUGCCAAGCCAGAAGAAAAGCCAAGAGAAGACCCUGGGGAUGAACCGUCCGCCACCCCACCAGUCUCUUCCAGCCUUGUUGAUGAACUGGAUCUCCUUGAAGAAGCAGCCUCAAUACUUGUGACAGGUCCAGCCUAUGAGAACCUGGUGUCAGAGAUCAUGUGUAUGGGCUAUGAGCGGGAGCAGGUGGUGGCUGCUCUCAGAGCCAGCUACAACAACCCCGACCGGGCCGUGGAGUAUCUCCUCAUGGGUAUCCCAGCCGAUGCCACUGAUCUGCCCCCUCAGGAGCCAGUGAGACAGAGUGCUCCCACCAACCACCCCGCCCCGGCUGCACAAGAACCACAACCACCCCCACCAGCCUCAACCACAGGGCCAGUGUCUGGCAGCCAGCUCCCCUCUGCUGGGGGGGGAACCCCCCCCACAGGGAACCCCCUGGAGUUCCUGAGGAACCAGCCUCAGUUCCAGCAGAUGAGACAGAUCAUCCAGCAGAACCCGGCCCUGCUCCCAGCUCUGCUGCAGCAGCUGGGCCGAGACAACCCACAGCUGCUGCAGCAAAUCACGCAGCACCAGGAGCGUUUUGUGCAGAUGUUGAAUGAACCAAGACCUGGAGACACGGAAGGGGAGGGGGCCGAGGGCCAGGGGCCACCACAGCCCAACUACAUCCAGGUCACCCCCCAGGAGAAGGAAGCCAUCGAGAGGUUAAAAGCGCUGGGCUUUCCUGAAGGCUUAGUCAUCCAGGCUUACUUCGCCUGUGAGAAGAACGAGAAUCUAGCUGCUAACUUCCUGCUACAGCAGACAUGGGACGACGAGUAGCCCCACACACCUGACACUUCACCAACAGAGGGCAGCAGAGUCCAUGACAGCCAAACACAAGGUCCAUCAGGGAGGGGGCGGGAGGAGGGGGACAUUGCUGUUCACGCCAUAGGACUGAGGAUGAAGGGGGGUGAAUGUGAUGAUGAUGAUGAUGAUGAUGACAUGCUGAAACUGUGCCUCACUGCUGCUAUCAUUACCGCUGCUGCUUGUGCCCAGUGAUCACACUGAGAGAACAGUCUGCAUCACCUUCACAAGAGUCGCCUGUAGAACAUGUUAAACUUACUCUACUGUACAUAUACAGUGCACACCACAGGGUGCAUCUGUUGUGAAUAUAUUCAUGACUUCAAUGGGAAUUUGUGAACUCUCCAUGUUGGGUUUAACUGGAAAUGUGAUGCAAACUGUUAACUGUUUGAGAGCUAGCAUUGCUUUAUAUUAAAGUUCAGGUCUGAUUGUUUUAUCACCAUUACUGUGCUUCUUUAAUACUUGGUUAAAUAUCCGAUACAGUUCAAAUAUCUCAGACUCCAAACAGCACCAUUUCCAUUGUAGUAUUGAUCUUUCAGUAACCAGUCAGAUGUUGUUCUGCGGUUCUAUUAAGAAAAGGAUACCUGCAAGGUGAUUGGAUGUUCUAAAUGUUUAGACAAUAACUCAAAAUGUUGACUUAUUAGUAAGUCAAAAUAAGAUCUGAUUUAUUUAUAUGGUAUUUAACACAUUUUGAGAUAAUACUUAAAGUGGCCCUAUUGUGCUGUUUAGGGUUUUCUCUCCCAGACACACACAACUGAGCAGCUAACCAAUCAGAGCAGACCGGGCUCUGGUUUCAGACAGAGGGUGAAAAGAGGUGCUGCAGCACAGGCAGUAUGAGACAAAUAAAGAGCUUUUUGAACAUUGAAGCAUGGAGACAUGUCACAGUAGAGGCACUACAUGCACAAUAGGGCCUCUUUAAUAAUGUUUACCUAGUUCAUCAGAUUUGAUUUUGAAAUACUAUACUAUUUAUUCUUUUGUUGAUCUUGACUUUUUAUUUUGGAAGAAAUUCGGCUUAGAAAAACAAAGACAUUUAAAGCUUGGUAUAAUCUGUCUCCUUGCACUCGAUUUAAAAGAUAAUAAAUCAAUUGUUCAGUGAAGUCACAGUGUAUUAUGAUCGCUUGUCGUCCAGAUUACGUGUGCUAUAAUAUUUGGUCAGAGAAGAAAACACUCAGCUCGAUUUGUCAGUAUGGUUUUCUUGUGUGGAGGGUUUGUUUUUCUUGAAGAUGAAGGAAUUUGAAGAUUGGUCAUGAUGUGCAAUAUAGCAUGUUUUUGUGAGCUGAAUAUUUGAAAAAAAGUGUUUUUCUUCCAUAAUAUUUUAUUUGUUGGAAUGAUAAAAUAGUCCAUGUAUGCAUCCCAAAGCUGUAAGAGUUUGAAGCAUUGGUCCUUUUGGUUUUUAAAGACUUCAACAUGUUUUAUUUUUCUAAUGGAGUUAUAUAGUUUACAAUCAAAUGUAUUGGAUGGACAAGUGUUGUAGGAUUGGGGAUCAUAAUUACAGUUUUAAUUAUGAAGUCAUUGUUUCAGAAGUGGGCUAAAGGGAAUUCAAAUAACUGCUAGAUGCCAACACCAUUGUUGUUUUAAUCUUUCAGCAUGUAUUUUGAUGUCUCUCCUUUUAGUUCUCCUUAUUAUGUUUGAACUGGACAUUACUAGAAGUUUUGUAUUAUAUGGUGAAUGGGUUAUACACACUUUGGGGGGGAAAUGCACUUUACUGUGACAUAUGCUGUUCUUAAACUGCAAGGGGUUGUUGCAUGAGAUUGUUGCAGUUAUUUAUAGCAUGGCAGUGGGUUGGAACGAUGAAGGCACCAGGGUGGUGAAGCUCUGAUCUCAGUUUCUCUGUUGUUUUACCAAUUUUGUGUGUUGUUUUUCUUUUAGGUUUAAAAAAUACAACUUUAAAUACACAAUCUAAUGUAAUGCUAAAUAGUUGUGGAAAACCUAAAGCAUUGUGUAAAAAUAAAUGGCUUUUACAAAGCGGCUGUGACAAGUGAA